AUGACUCUUCCGCUACAAAAGCCCAUCAUUCUCGUGCAUCUGCUUUCGAGGAAUGCUCGAGACCAGCUCUCACGCGAAUUGUCUGCUUUAUCAAUCAAUAUUGAGCUUUUCAUCUGCCUUUCUAUCUUCCUCAUAAUUUAUACGAGCAUCUUUACGAUGAAUACCCAACUCUUAUUGGCAUUUGCAGGCUUUGCCCUCCUUGCCCAGAUCCUUGUCUCCUUUGUUCAGUGGCUUCGCUCCCCCCUACGAUCGGUGCCCGGACCUUUGCUGGCUCGCUACACAGACUUUUGGUAUUUUCAUCGCCUUAAACAGGGAAAAUUUGAGAAGGUCAACCAAGAACUACACGAACAAUACGGGCCCAUCGUCCGCUACGGCCCGAACCGAUACAGUAUCAACGACGCGGAAGCCCUCAAGACUGUCUAUGGCCAUGGUACGCAAUUCCAGAAGUCAGAAUGGUACAUCCCGUUCCAGCCGAAUGAGGAUCAAUGGAACGUAUUUUCGGAUCGCUCGAUACAGCGUCAUGCUCACAGCAGACGGUUCUACACCAACGCGUAUUCAAUGACGUCUCUUGUGAACUACGAGCCAUACGUGGAUGAGUGCGGUGCUCUCUUUUCUCAACGUCUUUCAGAGUUUGCCAAGGCUGGCUCGACAGUAGACAUCGGACAUUGGUUCCAGUGCUUCGCCUUUGAUGCUGUCGCAAUGAUGACCUACGGAAAGCGUCUCGGCUUCCUGGAUCGUGGCGAAGACAUUGCACAGGUCAUUGACAACAUCAAUAAGAGCUUGGUAUACUCGAGCUUGACUGGUAUCUUUCCUUCCGUGCAUAUGUACAUUGCACCACUGGUUACCGGCAUCACAAAGCGUCUGGGCAUGGGAGCGAAGAUGAUGUAUGUGAUAGAUUUUACGGCGCAGACCAUUGAGGAGGAGCGAGCUUCUCCAAAGACGGUCAUCGAGGUCAAAGGUGCCGAAGACGGCGCUGCUGUUGGAGAGACGUUCCUCACCAAAUUCCUGGCCAAGCACUCCAGCAACCCCACUGAGUUCACCAACUGGCAUCUUCUCAUCGGCUGCGCCAGCAAUGUCUUUGCCGGGUCGGACACGACAGGUAUCAGCAUCUCAGCCAUUGUUUACCACUUGCUCAAGAGCCCUGAUGCCUUGGCGAAGCUUCGCGAGGAGAUUGCAGACUUCACUAGUCGCGGCGAGCUGUCUCAAGCACCGAGUUUCAAAGAAAGCCAGAAAAUGCCGUAUCUUCAAGCAGUGAUCAAGGAGGCUUUGCGCGUCCAUCCAGCUGUGGGCCUGCCGCUCGAGCGCAUUGUUCCCGAGGGCGGUGCUACCAUCGGCGAGCGUUUCUUUCCGGCGGGAUCCGUUGUUGGAAUCAACAGCUGGGUCCACCACAGAAACACAGCCAUUUUCGGAGACGAUGCCGAGAAAUUCAACCCCGAUCGUUGGCUGAUUGAGAAUGAAGAAAGGAUCUCCGUGAUGAACAGAAACUGGAUGCCUUUUGGGCUGGGAUCACGCACAUGCCUUGGCAAGAAUGUGUCUAUCUUGGAAAUGUCCAAGCUCAUUCCUCGACUUAUCCGGGACUUUGACUUCAAGCUUGAAGGUGCGGCUGCUACACCAAGAGGUGCCUGGAAAACACGCAACGCAUGGUUCGUCAAGCCUAAGAACUUCCACGUCAAGGUGAAGUCGAGGAUGGCAGGCAACUAG